AUACAGUUCUAUGUUAUGCGUGUUUAUUUCUUUGUGAAAAGACUGAGGGGAUGGAAACAAAUUUUUUUUUAUUUUCCCAUCACUUAUUACGGUUUAUAUGUGUUACAUACUAAUGCAAGUUUUCUCUACCUAAAGGGGUUCGAACGGUACGUGGAGACCGGGCGUGUUGCCUAUGUUAGUAAUGGCCAGCAUCUGGGCAAACUCGUUUCCAUUGUCGACAUCAUCGAUCAAAACAGAGUUUUGGUCGAUGGUCCGGCAAGUAAUAUUCCUCGUGGACAGAUGAGAUUGAGCGAUCUUCAUCUGACCAAGUUCCGUCUACGUUUCCCACACACAGGCUCAACGAGAAUUGUUCGAAAAGCUUGGGAAGCUGCUAAAGUUGAUGAGAAAUGGAGCGAGACCAUGUGGGCCAAGAAAGUUGAGGCUAAGAAGAAGCGUGCGGCCCUCAGCGAUUUCGACCGUUUCAAGUUGCGCAAAGCCCGACAGAUCAGAAACAAACUGAGAACCGAUGCUUUCUACCGGUUGAAGAGUGUCUCAAAGAAAUCCAAGGCUGCUGCUGGUAGCAAGGCUAAAGGUACCGCGAAACCCGCCGCAAAACCAGCGAAAGCCGUUAAAACAGCGAAGCCUGCGAAGAAGUAAUUGUAUGAGACAUUGACUAAAAUAUAUAUUUGAAAAAAUA